UGCUCGAUCAAUUACCCCACGCCCCGCUCGCCUUCGCCCCUGCCGAUGAGCUUUCUCGCCGGGCGCCUCGCCGCACAGGAGGGCGCAUACUUCCUCCAGGAGUCCAGGAACGCCGCCAGCCGCCUCGCGCAGAAGAUCCCCGCGUCCGAACAUGGGCCCAGGCCGGCAUCCCCGCCUCCGUCGGCCGACGUGCUGCCGGAGAUCCUCCGCCACUCCAUGCCUUUAAGGCCCACGCUGCCUCCGCCCAACUCAACCCUGUAUGGUUCCACCCGCUGGGCCCUCCCACCGGGCGGCGCCAAGGCUGCCGGCGUGUCCCCCGACGUGCUCAACCCGCUCCGGUCGUACGUCGCGCUGCCGCAGGCCACCUUCGGCCUCGGCCCCAAAAGAUGGGAACUUCCAACUGACAGGCCUUACUAUUCAUCACCAAGCACCAAUGAGGGACGGCGUGAUAUGCAUCCUCCUCCCAUGGACCCUGAGAAGUUGAAGGCCGUAAUUGCUAGAUACUCACAGGUUGGAAAGGCGCUCCUUAGGAUUGCUGGGACUAUAUUGGUGAUUGGAGAAGCAACAGCUGAGCUGCUGUAUACGGUGAAUAAGCUUCAGUUGCAUUCUGUCGGCGAUGUCAGAGCUAAAGGAAAAGAACACGCUGAUAUGGUCAAAGUACAACUAGCUCCACUAAGGAAAUGGGCUGAAGACACGUCCCGAAAAUGGCAUUACAAAGGCAACAAAGAGUCCAAGGAGAAGCCUAUCCUUGAUAGAGAGCGUUCAAGAGCACUUAGUGCUAAUACACGUCUGAAUUGAUCAAUACAUACAACUGGCAGUUGUUGUUGUUGUUGUUAACAAACACAAGCAAGCUCAUACUAGUAUCCCCCAUUAUGAAGUUUCUUAUUGUAACGUGUAAGUCCACCAUUAUAAAACUCCUCGUUUUACGUUUACCUUGUCUAUAUGUGCAGGCAGUGUAAGAUUA